CGGUAAGUUUUUUGUCUGAUCGUUUUUAUCGUAUAAAUAGGGGUGCUGGCCACGAAACUUACAGGUAAGUGUGUAAAUAAAAGAGGGAGUUGGUUUUUGGUAAAUUUUUUGUGUAUUUUUGCCGAAUUGCGUAAUUUUGUGGAGUGACAUGGGUUUGGUUCGUGGCCGCUAGGUGUCGAGUCUCCAUUUUGUGUCAACAUUUUAUUGAUUCGCCGGUGAGAUUUUGCCGAUCGACCCGUCGUGUGAACGAGUAGAGUUGAAAAUUUGGUCGUAAAAUCAUUAAAAACAGUGUGUGUACUUUGUGUUAAAAUAUUAUGGCGGGUCAAACAAUAAACGAUCGUUUAUUGGCGGCGAAACACAGUCUAGCAGGCCAGGGACUGGCAAAGUCGGUAUGUAAAGCAACCACCGAAGAACUCCUAGGCCCUAAGAAGAAACAUUUAGAUUAUUUAGUCCAUUGCACUAACGAGCCUAACGUUUCGAUCCCGCAAAUGGCGAAUUUGCUGAUAGAAAGGUCGCAAAAUACCAGCUGGGUGGUCGUUUACAAAGCGUUGAUAACGACUCAUCAUUUGAUGUGUUACGGAAAUGAGAGAUUCACUCAGUAUUUGGCUUCGAGUAACGUGUCUUUUCAAUUGUCGAAUUUCGUCGAUAAGACGGGGGUUCAGAGUGCCGUGGGGGCGCGCACCGGCUACGACAUGUCCCCCUUCAUACGGCGCUACGCUCGGUAUCUGAACGAGAAGGCUCUCUCGUAUCGAGCGGUAGCUUUCGAUUUUUGCAAAGUCAAAAGAGGCAAAGAAGAAGGCACUCUACGAACAAUGAAUUCGGAGAAUCUCCUCAAAACCCUGCCGAUACUCCAGAAUCAAUUGGAUGCUCUCUUAGAAUUCGACUGUACAGCAAAUGAUCUCACCAACGGAGUCAUUAACAUGUGUUUCAUGCUCCUGUUCCGCGAUCUCAUAAGAUUAUUCGCGUGCUAUAACGACGGCAUCAUCAAUCUCCUAGAAAAAUACUUCGAAAUGAACAAAAAACAAUGCCGUGAAGCGCUAGAUCUCUACAAGAAGUUCCUUAUCCGCAUGGACCGAGUCGCCGAGUUCCUCAAAGUCGCCGAGAAUAUUGGCAUCGACAAAGGGGACAUUCCCGACCUCACCCGGGCCCCAAACAGCCUCCUCGACGCACUAGAGCAACACUUAGCCUCCCUUGAAGGCAACACUCCAACGGCCGCCGCCAACCAAAAGAAUCUCAAGUCGGGGGUUUCAGUCCUUUCGAACACUAGCAACGCCUUCGGCUCUGCAGUCGAUGAUUCCUUCCAACAAGCGGCGCUUGCCGAAGAAGAGGCCGUUUUGAACCGAUACAAAGCCAACGUCGGCUCGCCCACAGCUGCGAGCACCAACCCCUUCCUCAGCGAAGAACCGGCGAUUAAAACCGAACCGAUCUUGGACCUUUUCGGGUCCGAAACAACCCCAGCACCUCCACCUUCGACCCAACCAACCAACGCACUUGACGAUCUCCUGUCCCUCGGGAAUCCCUUCGCUGAUUUCUCAGCACCGAGCUCGACCGCCACCGAUGCAAAUCUCUUCGCUGCACCACCGGCAGCCACCACCGCCGCCCCCAACAUGUGGGCUAACGGGUUUCCAGCCAACGCCCAAUUCCAACCACCCCCAACUCAGACAACUUUUGCAUCGAAUAAUUUGAGUGGGCUUUUCAACACCAAUGAACCGUCGGUUUUCGAUCCUGAAGCUUCGAAACAACCGCCGGUUGUUGCACAACCGCAGAGACCGGCUCAACCCUCGAAACUACUAACGGGUGAUCUCGAAACUAGUCUCACUUCAUUGGUGGAAAACUUGACUAUGGAUACGGGAAAUCGGUCGAAUCAGUGGAAUUCGCCCAAGAAUCAACCCAAACAGCAACCUAUGGCGGCCACAGCGGCGCCGAUGUAUAGACCGAUGGCUCAGCCUAUGAUGGGGCAGCCGAUGAUGAUGAUGGGACAGCCGAUGCAGUAUCCAAUGGGCGGUGUACAGGUGCAAGGUAGUCCAAAAAUGGGCGCACAGCCGCCCAAACAGGAAGUCAGUUUCGAUCCAUUCGGUGAUCUGUAGUGCUUUAACUCGAUUUUUGUAUAUACAAUGUUGGGUCCGCGAUUAGGUUUUUUCUGUAUAUAUUUGUUUUGUUUUUAUUGUAGGUCAUAUUUAAAGUGCAAUGUCAUAGUACUCAAAACAAUUUUUAUUACUCGAAAUGAUAUAUCGGGUAAUGUAGGGUUAAAGCACUCAUUGUCUACGGUUGGCUUUAAUUUUUAUUUAAUUCGUUUGUUUUAAUCAAACUUGUACAUUCCUCAGAUGAAGAUUGUAAUAUUUAUUCGAAACGAACACAAGUAGGUGCUGGUUGUGUAAAGUGGACCAAUUGGAUCACUUGAUACGAGUGGCAUUUCCUUGAAAUAUUAUUUUUCUACUUAUUAGAGCUAGUCCAUUGUCUGUGCAUAUAUUUUUUAGUUUAAUUUUCGUGAUAUUUCGAGUUGUUCCUGCUUUAUUUAUUAUUAUUUUUAAGUUUAUGUACAUAAAAAUGGCUCUACUGCAGUUAUAUAAAUUGUAUAAUUUCUAUAAGUGUUAUUGUUACAAAUGAACAAAAAAGACUUAUUGUGAUUAGUUUUUGCAAAGAAAACAUAACUUUAGUGAUAUUCUUCCAUAAUGGCAAUUCAUUAAUUUCACUCAUAACACUAGAAAUAACCAAUUUGGAUGUCGAUUGUUCAGUGGCAUCGGGCCGUGUCGACCGAUUAUUUUCGAUGCGAGGUAUCAAAUACCAAAUAUCAGUAGCCAUCAUUUAGGUUUAGACAUUUAGUUUUUAUUUAUUCAUUAGCAAAAGGAAACCAUCUGUAUUAUAAUUGUAAUCAAUUGUGACAAUAUAAAGAGAGACAAGAAGCUGUUGGAUUGAAUAAAUUAUGCUUAUGUGUU